UGAUCUCACUGUAGCUGUGUGUGCUUACACACAACAGGCAAGCGGCCCCAUGCGGGCCUACAUCUUGGCCCACCAGGAAGCCAUUUCACUCUGGAGGUCUCUGAUGGGUCCCACCAAGGUGUUUCGUGCCCAGCAUACUGACCCAGAGUCCAUCCGUGGGGCGUUUGGCCUCACUGACACUCGGAACACAGUGCAUGGCUCAGAUUCGACAGAGUCAGCCAGCAGGGAAAUAGCCUUCUUCUUCCCAGAAUUCAGUGAAGAGCAUUGGUAUCGCUAUGAGGAGCCGCAGCUGCGCAGGGAGUUGGCUUACUAUGACACCAAGGCAGGUGUUAAGCACAGGCCAGUGGGCAGCUGGACGGAGGCAGACUGAAGGUAUCUUGGGGCCUGAGCAAACUCUGUCCACUGAAGCCUAUAUGGGGGUUGUGCUCUAUGUCUUGCACCAUCACAGAAUGUGUCACAGCCUAGUCUGGAUGUGGGACAAUGUAAAAUUAUUGCUAUUCAGGCUGGGAUGUAGUAUGCAUAUUUUGUGGUCCAAAGAAGCCCAGUCCCACUUUGCCAUAUCAACUGUAUUGUUGCUCCUGCUGUUUUCACAUGCCCUCAGCCAAGCGUGGUCCCACGUUGUUCUUCCAGGCCAUACACUGUGUACAGUCUUCUCAAUACCCCUCAUCUUGCAGGUGGACAACUAUGGAAGGGGUCAAGGAAUCAUUUUUCAGCCUUAUACACCCCUCUCCCAUGGACUGAUGCUACUGGAGGUGAUGUCAUUUUCAGCUGAUAGUCAGUCUAUGUUGUUCAUUAAAAAAACAUUUAAAACAAUUUAUGGAUCUGGGACAAUCUGAGGAGGCAAAAAUGACACAUUUUACUUUGUAGACAUGUUUUAUUGCAUGCGAGCAAAAAAAAUGCCUAUGAAAAAGAAAGCAUUGGGAGUAGGCUCCUCGUGCCAGACAUUUUAUGGUGGGGAGGGCUUUGGAGCCACAAAAAUGGUUCCGUGGGCAACAUGUGCUCCCUGCCUGCUCUCCCCGCAACCUUCCAGGGUAGAUUAAGGUUGAACUGGUCUGGUGAUCAAGUGAUGAUUAAUUGGAUAGGAAGAGAGGCACUCUGGCCUAAAGGUACCCAGAGGUCCUGUUUCCCAAUAAACCAGCGCUCUGUUUCAAAAA